GUGUGUGCGUGCGGGACAGUCAGAAGCAGGGCGACCUGACUUCCUCCUGCUGCGCUUUCGAUGCUGGAGUCUGCAGCCAGCAGGCCCUUUCAGACAGGUCUGAGGAUGGUCAGGACUUCUAAGUUCUCUUACCCUUGGUUCCAUAAACCCACAUGUGGGGUGAAACGGCGGAGAACUGCGCGCACGGACGCACGUGGAAGGACUGAGCUGCAGCUCUCUGGACUGCACCAGUGCUGUUUUUUGCUGUUGCGCUAAGCUGUGGUACAAAACAUCUCAGAGUGAAAGAUGCUACCGUUGGUGAAAACCAGCUGAAGGGUACACGGGACCUCACGACAUGGUUUGGUUUUGGUUUUUUUUGCAACUUCCUGUGAAUCUAUAAUUAUUUCAGAGUUUAAAACAUGACAAAUUAUGGGCAGUGCUAUCAAGGAAACCCAGAAGGGGCGGUGAUGGAGACUGAGAGAACCAUUGAAUGGGGCAGCGAAGAGACCUCCGGAGAGAAGUGAUUACCCAGACGUGAUCUUUAAGGCGAGAGUGAAAGGAUGAGGGGCCAGAGGGGGAACACUUGGCCGGGCCGGCUUUCCCCAAAGGAGACUCCACAAGGAGGAGCCUCCUGGCCAGAGAUGUCAGAGCGUCUCUGGACAGAACAAUGCUUGGAAGGAAUGUCUUGCUGUUCCUCCUCCCCUCCUCUCCUCCCACCUGUCCAAUCCCUUCCUUUGAUGCUCUUCCCUCCUCUUCUGCCAUCAGCCUGGACAAACUGCUAGAUGCUGGUCUCUACACUGGAGAAGUGACUGAAAUUGUAGGCGCCCCGGGUAGCGGCAAAACCCAGGUAUGUCUUUGUGUGGCAGCAAACGUGGCCCAUGGCCUGCAACAGAACGUUCUCUACAUUGAUUCCAACGGAGGGCUCACAGCCUCCCGCAUCCUCCAGCUGCUUCAGGCUAGGACCCUGGACGAGGAGGAGCAGGCAGGAGCUCUCCAGAGGAUCCAGGUGGUGCGUGCGUUUGACAUCUUCCAGAUGCUGGGCGCGCUGCAGGACCUGCGAGGCGCUGUGUCCCAGCAGGUCCGCAGUUCUUCCGGGACUCUGAAGGUGGUGGUUGUGGACUCGGUCGCUGCGGUGGUCGCCCCACUUCUGGGAGGUCAGCAGAGGGAAGGCUUGGCCUUGAUGGUGCAGCUGGCCCGAGAGCUGAAGACCUUGGCCCGGGACCUCAGUGUGGCAGUGCUGGUGACCAAUCACAUGACCCGAGAUAGGGACAGCGGGCAGCUCAAACCUGCCCUGGGACGCUCCUGGAGCUUUGUGCCCAGCACCCGGCUUCUCCUGGACAGCACCCAAGGCUCAGGAUCUCUGGGCAGCCGCCGCGUGGCAUGUCUGACCAAGUCCCCCCGCCUGCCAACAGGUUGCCAGGAGACGGUGGACUUAGGGAGCUGGGGGACUCCAGCGUUCCAGGGAGAUCACAAAGGACACUGGGAGCAGAGCCCAGUGUUCCAGGGAGAUCACACGUGAUGGUGCUGUUGAUGGGGGAAGGGGCAGGCCGCUAGGCCCCCAACUCACCUGCACAGUAAUGCCUGCUGCUCACUGCCAGCAGCCCCGCUCCCUUGCUGGGAAGCCAUCUCACCCUCAGCUCCUCUCUCUGGAAACACAGUGCUACUGGCAAGAGAGGAUGCUGUUGUGGAAGGACCCAGAAAUUCAUGCUGGUACCAAGUUUUCUUUCCUUGUUUCUACCACGUGCGUUUCCAGUGGGAGCCGGGUUCAUGGACUUGGACAUCUCUGAAGAGGAACUCUGGUGCCUGGACGGAUUAACCCUGUACAUCACCAUCCUACCCUCCAUCCUGACACAGUGACUGAGCUUGAGGCCUCUGGCUUGCCUUUGUUUCCCUUCUGUUUUUUUUUCUUUGCCUCUGUUUUUCCAUCUGUAAGAUGGGGCUUCUUUCCCCCUAACUCUGUCUUUGACUUACUGGGUGGAAGUAACCUUGUAAAUGUAACCCAUGUUGUGUGCUCAAUUG